GAUCAGCGCUUCAUUUUGACUAGUUCGAUUACUUUCCGAGAUUGACAGGUGAUGCUAAUGGACUUUUUUCCAUCGAUUUCUCUUCAUCUGGUCUUGAUCUGUUUGAACACGGAACAGAAUCGGAAGGGCCACAACUGCAAUCCAAACCACGUUUCGUCCACUAUGAGGCGCGGCACAAAAGUACGAGUCAAGGGAUUAGUAAAGGCGGCAAAGCACAAUGGAAAAAUCGGGAUUGUGACGAAGGCUACGGCUCCGGGGGAGGGGCAGCGAGUAGGGGUAAAGCUGCAAGAUGGAAGCGGCGUUCUCGCUGUCAAGAUUGAAAAUUUGGAGGAAAUCAAAAGUUCUCCGCGGACGACAGCGACAGUGUCCAAACCAAAAUCUGCCUCUGCGUCAACCCCUGCGUCCACCUUGCCAAAAGAACGCACCUUGAAAAGAGACAACGCCUUGCUCCGCGAAGUUGACGGAAGCCCGGACCCAAACGUUCUCGCGCUGUACUAUCAUUUUGCCGACCGCGCGUUUGAUUGUUUCAAUGCCUCGGAGUACAACGUCCAGAUGCUUCGUUACUACGAAAAGGGACUCUCGGUGCGAUUGAUUUGCCCAAGAAUGAUUGGUGGCAACGAGUACUUUUUGGUUGGAUUGCAACACGCACAGCACGACAAGAACUCCCUGUGCGAAGUGGCGUUCAAUUGCGGGAGGAGUUUUACGGGGAUAUCGAUGCUGGUGAAGAAACGAUGUUUUGUGUGCCACAAGCCACUGCCCGGAAACAGCCAGUGUCCGAGCUGCCUCUGUGCCUGUUUCUGUACCGAUUCGAGCUGCAUCAACAGAAAUUCGACAAUCCGUUCCGAUCACGAACGGUUGUGCAAGAAGAUUGACUUGACGAAGGUAGUUGUAGAAAAAGAGAGUCUCCAGUUGUUGCAGUAAUUGCAAUCAAUAACUAGUGGAAUGCACAAAUUCCUUGGCAUCCUGGAAACAUCAUGUACCAGAAAUUGCUAUCAUCACACUGUAUCAGUAAAUGCACGAAAAGUCA